AUGGCCGCUCCCGUGAAGUUCGACGACCUGGAGAAGACCGCCAAGGAGGUGCUGUCGGAUGACUACCAGACCAGCGGCUACCAGUUCAAGGCCAAGCAGAAGACCGGGCUGCAGGGCUCCGUGGUGACCACCACCAUUGACCUCUACCCCACCAAGGACACCUGCAUGACCCCGGCCAAGUUGACCUGGCGCCUUCCCCAGCCCGGGGGCUGCCCCUUCAUCGUCAUUGACAAGCUGGAGGUGGACAAGAGCGGUGGCGUGAAGUUGGAGGGCUCCACUGACAAGGUGAUGAAGGGCCUGCGGAUUGACCUGAAGCCGGAACUCAGCGACCUGAAGAAGACCAAGACCGGCUUCACCUACACCGGCUUCCCGGACGUGCGCAUGGCCCUGGACACGAAGGGCGUGGAGCUGAAGAACGUGGUGGGUGAGGUCACCUUCCAGGCGGGCCCCACGGUGCUGGGCGCCAAGUUCGCGUCGCCCUGGUGCCCGGACUUGGGCGUGCGCUUUACGCACGGCCCCUUCUUCGCAUCUUUGUACUCGAAGGAGAAGUUCGGGACCUUUGUCGGGGCGUGCCACUACAAGGCAGCUGACAAUUUGAGAGUGGCUGCCAACUACACCUUCGGCGGCUCCAAGAAUGGCACCUGCGGCCUGGCUCUGAUGUACAGCUGCAACAAGAACACCAGCAUGAAGGUGAAGGUGGAGCAGGACUUGGGCGUGAGCUGCGCGGUGUGA